AUAAACGAAGCAGAGAGCGGUCGCGUCGCGAGUGUUUUAUUAUUGUUAGAAUACGUACAAGUUUUGAUUACGAUUAAGUAACCGACGGUGGAGGGUAAGCAAGACGUAUGUUGAUAGUCGCUUAGUAACGCCGCGGGAAGUGGAGACGGCGCACGCAACGGGAAAUUCGAAUCUGCCGCCGUACAGUGCGCCAAUCGUUGCCCACCGUGAUUGUGGGUGUACACCCGCCAAUCGUUCGUGAUGCUGCACACGAGGACCCUCGCAGUCGUUGCAGCAUCGCCUCUGCUCGUCGAAAGUGUUCAUCCGUCCCGGUUGUUCCGCUUGCCCGGUGGCCAUGUCACGUCCGCGCGAUCCAUCGGCGAUCGGGCCCUCAGCCGGGGAAAGAUAUCGCGCGAGGUCAUGCAGCAGAAUUACCAGAAGAUACGUGAAAAGUACAAGUCCAAGAAACUUCCCCAAGACGUAAACCUGAAGGGUGUGUUCGCCUGCAACGAACUCGAUUUGAGGGAAGUCCAAGUCUAUGGAUUUGAUUAUGAUUACACGUUGGCUUGUUACAAGCCGUCGCUGGAUCAUCUACUUUAUAAUCUCGGCCGCGACAUGCUCAUUCAAAGAUACAAGUAUCCCGAGGGAAUCAGCGAGCUCGCGUAUAAGGAGGAUUUUGCUGUUCGCGGCCUUCAUUAUGACAUCGAAAAGGGUCUGCUGCUGAAACUCGACAGUUUCUUGCAAAUUCAAUUUGGCACCGUUUACCGUGGCUUACAUCCGCUACCGGACGAAGAAGUCCUCAGGCUCUAUAAGAACCGAAUAAUACCGAUCGCUUACGUCGAAGCGCCUCAUAAACAUUCUCACAAAGAGGCAUUACACCGAACGAAAAUGGUUCAAUUGGCUGAUUUAUUUUCUGUGCCGGAAAUGGGUCUUCUUUGUAACGUUACCGAAUACUUCCUGAGUAACCAUAUCGAUUACCAUCCUGAAAUACUUUUUAGAGACGUAAAGAAUUCUGUACAAAGUUGCCAUCCGAUAAUGCAUGGCAUGGUAGUUGAAAACGUGUCCGAGUACUUGGAACAAAAUAAAGAUUUAAGAAGAUUCUUUGAGCGUCUGAAAAAAAAUAAUAAAAAUAUGUUCCUAGUGACCAAUAGCCCUUUCCAUUUUGUCGAUACUGGAAUGAAAUUCUUAGUCGGUAACGAUUGGAGGGACUACUUCGAUGUGGUAAUAGUUCAAGCGAGGAAACCGAAAUUCUUUACCGAAGAAACGCGGCCCCUUCGAAUCUACGAUGAAAUCAACAAAACUCAACUAUGGGAUCGAGUGACCACACUUGAAAAAGGAGUGAUAUAUCUGGAAGGAACAGUCAAACAGUUACAAGAUAUGACUGGUUGGCAGGGGCAUCAAGUGUUAUAUUUUGGAGAUCACCCUUACAGCGACUUAGCGGAUGUUACGUUAGAGCAUGGCUGGCGAACCGGUGCGAUAAUCAAAGAACUGAGCCAUGAAAUCGCGACGUUGAAUAAUCCAAGAUUCAAGGAGAACGCGAAUUGGUUACAAAUGUUAACGGGAUUGAUCGAGGAUCAUCAAGAUUACGAAGGGCCGGAUGUGCAAAUCGUACUCAAUGAAUGGAUUAACGAAAGAGACAGUUUGAGGAACGAGAUAAAACGAGUAUUUAACAAACAGUUUGGCUCGGUAUUUCGGACAUACCACAAUCCCACGUAUUUUUCGCGAAGACUUUUUCGGUUCGCCGACAUUUACAUGAGCUCGAUCACGAACCUGUUAGAAUACUCGACAAGCCAUACGUUUUAUCCGAGGAGAGGCGUGAUGCCGCAUGAAUAUACGAGUUACUUCGUGUAACAUAUACAUCGUUAUGUAUGUAGAUUUUCGAUUAGAUGCGUGAGAUGCUUCGAAGCGCGACGGAAGUUUACGGAGCAAAAAUCAAAGAUAGAGUAGUGGAAUUAUAUUUAAAAACGCAUUUUCGUUUUAUGUAAAUAAAAAGAGAAUGUUAGACUGCUUAGGACGGAUAACCAUGUAAUGCAGCAUUCAAGAGUAUUUUGAUGUAGUACGUGCGUAUUGCUUUUUUAGGCAAAGAGAAUAAUACAUUCAAAUGUUCAAUCAAAUACUUGAGAACAAGAAUGAUCUAGUUAAUGAAUUUCGGAUAAUUCUAUUUAAUGAAUUCUUCUGAGAAGAGAGAACACUUUAAUCAAAGAUGUUCGUCAUAUCAAAAUAUAUGCAUGAAUAGAUAUAUGAACAUUAUUUUACGAUGAAGUAUAAAAAUUAAAGUACAAUUUAAAUAGAAUGUUGAUUAUAUUUUUUAUAUUAGAAUUUAUCUAUGUAAAUACGACCACAUAUAGAAUUGGAUAUUAUUGGAAUUACUGAAAAGACAUCCAAUCAAUGUAAACGUACUUUGCUUAUCAUAGUGAUAUUACAAUUUGAUUUACAGUUUCUGCUUUCAAUAAAUAUAAAUGUGUUCAAAUGUACGUAAACAAUAGUCAAUAAAAUUAUUAUAAUAAUAUA